AUGGCACCCAGCGGGAGUGCUAUCACAGCAGAAUCUGCAGCCGCCGAGAUCGGUGCAGCCAGUUGGGGUGUCGCAGACGAGGCCAUUUGCGCUGAUGGCAGCAGGUUGGGCCGUGGCCACGAGCAAGAGGGAGGAGAGGACGGCGAAGAAAGAGAGCUUCAUGAUGUCUGA